AUGAUGUUCCUCUGGGGUCUGUUGCUGCUCUGCCUGUCUGCUCUGCACAGUCACCUAAGGUUUUCUUCAGCACAUGUCAUUGAGCAAAAGCAUCUCUUCUUAGACAAAGAUGGGGAGCUGAAGGAUGUGAAAAGCGCUGGAGUUGUGCAGCCUGCUCUGCUGGGAGCCAUCCCAACCCGGCCAAAUGCAGAGCUGGAAGACUUUACCUAUGACAGCUUCCAGGACAUUGAUGGACCCGUGUUACCUUUCACCACCACCCUGCCAGGCAUGAGGAAUGACUGGAACCCAGACAAUGAAGCCAUAGCUGGGGCUGUGGGCUGUCAUGAACAGCAACCAUCUGGGGAAAUUGCCUCUUCUGAAGAGGAAAGAGAGGCUGAAGAUAAAAGCUGUGAGAUGACUUGGAAGAAGAGCCAGAGGCUAGCAGAUGGCUUGAUGAGAUUCAGCAUCGAUCUCCUGAAAGAGGUCCAGCUGGAGUCCAACAGAACCAAUGUGAUCCUGUCACCCCUCUGCAUCGCCCUCGCCUUGUCUCACCUGGCACUGGGAGCAGCAAAUCAGACAGAGAAGCAUUUGCUGGAGGCGAUGCAUCUGGAGUCAGUGCCCUGUCUCCACCACAUGUUGGGCACCCUUCACAGAAGGAUCGCAGAAUCCACCCUUAGCCUUGCGUCGCGUCUGUACCUGCAGAAAGGAUUUGAGGUGAAAGAGAAGUUCCUGGAGGAUUCAGAGAAAUUCUAUGGAGCAAAGCCUGUGACCCUUUCUGGGAUCAGUGAGGAUGACCUCGUAGCCAUAAAUGAGUGGGUAAAGGAAGCAACUAAUGGGCAAAUACCCACCUUCCUACAACAACUCCCUGAAAACACAGUGAUGCUCUUGCUCAGUGCAAUCCAUUUCCACGGGUUUUGGAGGAAUAAGUUUGAUGCUAGCUUCACUGGGCCAGAUGUAUUCCACCUUGAUGACGAGUUCGUGGUCCCAGUUGAGAUGAUGAAAGCCCAGAAGUACCCCCUGAGCUGGUUUACACUGGAGUCCCAGGACAUUCAGGUGGCCAGGUUUCCCUUUAAGAGUAACAUGAGUUUUGUGGUCAUUGUACCAAACCAGUAUACUUGGAAUACCUCUCAUGUGCUGGAGAACUUUCCUUAUAAACAAGUGUGCAGGCUUUUCCCCAAAGAGGUACCCACCACAGUGAAGAUCCCCAAAAUAAAACUGGACUACCAGCUGGAACUCAACAAGGUUCUCAGUCAAAUGGGCCUCCAGGAGCUGUUCACAAGCCCAAAUCUCCAGAAGAUCACAGAUGAUCCUGUCUUCGUAUCCAGUAUACAGCAUCAGUCUACCCUGGAGCUUAAAGAAGAUGGGGUGGAAGCAUCUGCUGCUACCAGUGUUGCGAUGUCACGCUCGGUCUCUGCCUUCAGUCUUGACCGGCCCUUUGUCUUCAUUAUCUCUGAAGAUGAAACAGGCAUCCCACUUUUUAUAGGCAGUGUCCAGAACCCUAACCCCAAUGCUGCUCCCCAGAUAAAAGAACUACGGGACUCACAUGAAGCAACAGAUGUCAAUGAGUACCCCAUGCCCAAAUAAGAGAGGAGCAGAGCCUAAGUGUUCUGGGACUGCUACCUGACCCUUUGGACCAGCUAAGAGAGGCCUCCUGUCCUUGGAGACCUUCCUCUGAGGCCACAGGAGGCAAUCCCUUGCUGCUUUCCUUUACAGAUCCCUAGAGACCAGUCCUGGGAUAGCUCAUUCCAGCCUUGAUGAGCUUCUCCAGGCUGGGGUUCCCCUCUGUUGAACCUGAAAAACUUGCUCUGCCUGGAUUUCUCUUCCAGGACUGAGAGCCCUGGAAGGGAGACUUCCUUGUCCCCAGACUCUUAUUAGAGUCUUUAUUAAGCUCUUAGAGUCCCCCGUAGCCUGGAAUCAUCAUUAGCAUCUGGCAGCUUGGACAACAGCCAGACAUAUUAAUAUGG